AUGGAACAUGUUAAAGCCCUUCAAGUCAACAUCCCAUUUAUUGAAAUGAUGGUUCAAACACCCAAAUAUUUAAACUUGCUUAAGGGUCUCUUUGCUGCUAGAAAAGAUAUGGCAGAAGUCGCAGAAUUAGUAUUGAAUAAACUACCAGCAAAGAAGGGCGAUUCGGGAAGCAUCUCGAUUCCUUGCCAAUUUGGAAAUAUACUUGCUACUCAAGCAUUGACCGAUUCGGGUGCAAGUAUUAACUUAAUGCCUUUUUCUUUCUUCAAGAAGCUAAAUUUACCGGAGCCAAGGUUUAUUAAUAUGAAGAUCCAUUUGGCAGACAAGACAAUCAUUCGUCCAAGAGGUGUUUGUGAAGAUCUUCUCAUAAAAGUGGACAAAUUUGUAUUCCCCAUGGACUUUGUAGUGCAUGACAUGGAAGAAGACCCCAAAAUUCCAAUUAUUUUGGGGAGACCAUUUUUGAAUACCGCAUACACAUUGAUAGAUGUAUGCGAGUCCACACUAACAUUGAGGGUAGGAGAUGAGUCAGCUGUGUUUAAAGCUGUACCAGAGAUUAAGCAAGAAGAAACAAGAAAAGAAGAAGUUUCCUUCAUUGAUUUGGAUGAUGAAAUACUCCAAAAAGAACUUGCACUCUUACAAGAAGAAGAUCCAGGUAAAUUUCUACUAUCUUCUGGAGGAAAUAAUGAUGUUAAAAAAAGACUUAGAGGAGAUAGAAAAGCUGCUGAAAGGAACUGA